UCUGCAUGUUCCUGCCAUCACAGCCAUAGCAAGUGCCUUCAGUACCUGACCUGGAUAAAGAGAGGCGACAGCAGUGUACAUUCUGCACUAAGGAACCAAGGACAGCAGUAGAGAAUACAUCUAUCCAGCGCUCCAACUGCUGAAUCAUUCCGACAGAGAUAAAGAGAAAGAGAGAGCAAGGGAAAGCACACUGCACUACAUUCCAGAUACAGCAGUGUUUGCAGGUCAGACAUGGAGACUAGAGCAGCAGCAUUCAUCAUGUGGCAUACCCUUGCAUUUCUCUGUGUGAUUGCCUCAUGCCAAGCUACUAACUGUCUGGCAGGUGGAAAACACAAGGAUUCUCCAGGCCCUGAACCCCAGUUACAAGAAUGCCUGCUAUAUUCUGAGAAUGCUUGCUGCGUUAAAGACAUUAAUGAAGAAUUAGCAAUUUCUCCACUAUCCCAGGUCAAUGACAUUUACUGGAAUCGCUGUGGAAAUCUCAGCACAAAGUGUGAGAACUUCAUGAAACGUGUGGAAUGCUUCUACCGCUGUUCACCUGAUGCAGCACGCUGGCCUCAUCCUGAGCGUUCCACUGCCAUCCAAGGUGUGCCACUGUGCCACCAGUUCUGUGACCAAUGGUAUGAAGCAUGUGAGGAGGACCUGACCUGUGCUCGAAACUGGAUUACAGACUGGCAGUGGGGUCCACAAGGAAAUAACUGCACUGGAGAUUGUAUUACAUACAAACAGAUGUAUAGAGAUGGGAAGGACCUCUGUGAAAACAUCUGGGCAGAUGCCUUUACUGUUGUGGAUGGUCAAUGUCCAUGCUUCACCUUAACAGAAUCUGAUGCAGGUCUCUCCUGGACAGCCCUUAAUGAUGAAGGAGAUAGCUCAGAAGAUCCAGAUACCACCAAAGACAACAUCGUUGCAGCCUCAGGUCCCUGCCAAACAACCCCAUCUCCACUGGUGACAAGGAUUAAGAACAGCAUUCGUAAACGCUCAGUCUUUAUGGAAGACGUAGAGGGCAGCGGAAGUGGCUUUUAGAACAAAAACAAAAAAUUACAUUAAAAAUUGCUGAGCCUCCAUCCCUCCUUCCUUCCCUGUUACAGACACAUUUGUUUGGAGUUCUUGUGAACUAUGCAAACUCCCUUCAGUUUUUCCACACACCUCUCACUGGGGUUGGGUGGUCACAACAGUAGUGUGACACGGUUCUUGGGCUUUUCUCAGUAAUGACAUAAAUCUUGCAGUGAGAUAAUCUAAAGUAAGGUGAUUUUUUUAAAUAGGUACGGGAAACAUCAUGUCAUUGUAAACAAAUCUUCAGCUGAUAUGGAUUUAAAAUUCACUUCAUGAUCUUGUUGAAGACCAUAAUUUUUGCAAGAGUAACAUAGCAGUCCUGUGUAUUCCUGUGAUAAUGAAAUGUCAUCCUUCAUUCAUGCUUGCUAUAUAUACAGUUACAUACAUAGUAAUUCAAUAAAAGCCAUGCUGUUUAGCCAGUAUAGGGCUUCAAGUCUAAUCAUGGAAAUAUUUUAUAAUAAUAUGUACAUUUGAGAAUUGUAUGUAUGAAAGUGUACUGCAUACUACUUGUACAUGGAGCAAAAAUACAUCAAUAUAAUAUUUCUUCUUGGCUUUGGCAGGUCUUAAUUUUUGUCUGUGGGGAGCAGAUGGAUUCCUAAAUAUCUUCUGUUGAUACUUAACUAAAGCUGUUUCGAUUACUUAUCAGCCAAACUGGCAUUAAUACAGUAUCAGCAGGAGCAAUGAAGACCUAGAGGUGCACACACCUGAGCCCCCCCCC